GCUUUUGAAAAAUAAAUUUGGCAACCCGUGACUUUCGACAUUCACUUUCGUUGGUGAGCAAUUGAAGACGUCGGCGAAAAAAUAAUACUAGUACAAGUGUGGAAGUGCUCUCUUGUGUGCGCCGCGAACGGUUUUUGCGGUCGGUUGAAAAAGAGUGGUGAGGAGAGGAGUUGUGACAGGUCCCGACGUUAUCCAAUAAUCAGCGAGGAAAAUGUCUGGAAAUACGUGCUUCAAAUGUGACCGGCCGGGACAUUAUGCCCGCGAUUGCCAAAACGUCGGAGCGGGAGGUGGUGGCGGUGGUCGCCCUGGUGGACCCCGGGGAGAUAGACGUGAAUUCGGUGGAGCUGGCCGUCGUGAAAAGUGCUAUAAAUGCAACCAAAUGGGUCACUUCGCACGUGACUGUAAGGAGGAUCUGGACCGGUGCUACCGCUGUAACGGAAGCGGUCACAUCGCACGGGACUGCAGCCUGUCGCCGGAUGACUCGUGCUGCUACAACUGCAACCAGAGUGGUCAUCUGGCUCGAAACUGCCCGGAGAAGAGUGACAGGGAUAUGAAUGUAUCCUGCUACAACUGUAACAAGAGUGGUCACAUUUCACGGAACUGUCCCACAGGGGACAAAAGCUGCUAUAGUUGCGGCAAGAUUGGCCACUUGAGUCGCGACUGCACAGAGAACAAGGGUCGCGAUUAGAAGUCGGGUUAUGCGUCGUCGUGGUGCACCAGCAGCAGCAACAGCAACAACAAUAACAAUAUUAACAUGAACAACAACAACAACAGCCACAGUAGCAGCAAUAAUAACAGCAGUUUGAACCACAUCAAUAACAACAGCGUUGGAGCAAUAGCCGGUUACUAUCGGUUGUCUUCGCUCCCGUCUCAACUAACAGUAUCAUCGACCGUGCAGCAGCAGGAACCACAAAAGCAGUUGUUCGGUGGACUGAAUUCAUUUCAGAACCAUCCACACCAUCAACUACCAUCCCAAACCCUCCAGCAGCAACAAUUCGCAUUCGCCGAAGGUACAUUGAAAUCGGCGAUCAGCAGCCAGCAACAACAACAAAAACAGACGAAUGCACCGGCCUAUCUAAUGCAGACACAGCAAAAAAGCUAUUACAACAGUGCAUCGUCUCCGAUCGGCGCCCAUCUUGGUCACUAUGCUGCAGCUGUUGCUACUGGCGGGGGCAAUACGAGCGGUUGUUCGGUUACGACGGUAGGAAGUGUGUUAGGAGGUCAUCCUGCAAGUACUACGGCGGUCGCUGCUGCCGCUGCUGCCACCCUUCACGCAAGCAAACCACGAUUCAAAUUAUAAUACUAAAUGAUGAUAAUAAUUGCAAAAAAAUAAAAUUAAAUGAUGAUUAAUCACGAACGAGAAAAGAGAAAGGAACAUUGAUGAAAUCAAAACCAACUUAGAAAGGAGUAGAUUGAUAACUGGAAAACGUACGAAAGAAUAUAGAUGAUUGAUUCACUUUCACACAGUUAAACAGAAACAAAAACUCAUAUGCGUUUUAUGCCAUUUAUUGUUUUUUCUUUUUUCAUGUUCUUAACGGUACGAAGCGAAAGCAUUGAAAAGAUAUACACAAACCUAAUUCGUAUGAAGAACUAAAUAAAUUAAUUACCAGGAAAGCGAGAGCAACCCUUACAUGGUUAAACUUGUUUUUUUUUUACUUUAGAAGGUUGAGGGUAACAUUUCUGGUGCAGCAUCAGACAAGGACAAGUUUGUUGUCAACUUAAAUGUUUAAUUUUUCAACCUACGUUUCGUGUUUUAUAUUAAACAUUUAGAAUUAAAGUUUUUCUUAUCCCAACAUAAAGAAAGCGGAUUUUGUUUGAAGUUUUUUUUCUUUGUAAUAACCUAAAACAAACUCAUAGUCGAAAAUAUCAAAGCCAAUCUGCUGAACAAACAAACGUGAACGAUAGAAAUACGUUUACUUACGUGCUUCUAUCGAACUCGAGAUACUGACAUUUGCGAAUUCCCAUGCAGGACGCAACAAUUUGUUCUACAUUUUACUCGAGUGUGGUCGUUUGUUUGCAUUAAUUCAUUUCUUACGCAUGCAGCUUCCUGUGUUUUGUCAUCGUCUGAAACAAAGUUCGCAUCGCAUAGAAAGGAAACAGCUUCUUAAAAUCGCGUUAUUGAAACAAAUAGUAACGUAAUGUAACGAAAAACUAAAAAAGAACUUUGCAUAUUAGUCUAACAACCAAUAUUUACUAAAUAAAAUCAAUUGCAAAUUACAAAUCUUAACAAAAAACCAAAAUCUAUUCAUAAUUGAAAAGAGAACAAACAUCUUCAUGUUGAUAAACGUCUAUAUAUUGCAGAAAAGAAAUGUAAUCGUACAAAAAAAAAGAAGCAGACCAAACGAAGCAGCUAACGAUUGUGGAAAAGCAAACCCGAUAAACGUAAAACAAGGGAGAAGAACAAGAUCUCACUUUUCCAGCUAACGAAUUUCAGCAGGAGAGCUUGAAGAGCAGAAAAACGAGGGAGAAGAAUACACACACGAUUCACGUUUUGUUAUUCUUUUUAAACUGUGAUAACAGCCAAAUCAUGAAAAAUCAGAAACAGUCAGACGGUUGGGACAACUAAAUCGAAACUGAGUUUUACUUGUACUGAAAUGCGGAAGAUAGCCACAAAGCGGAAGGGAAGUUUAAGUUUUUUUUAAAUAAAUUAACAGUCACAAAAGUC